AUGUCUGCUGCAGCCAUGGCGCUCUCCUCCCCAUCCUUCGCCGGCAAGGCGGUGAAGCUCUCCCCUUCCAUCCCCUCCGAGCUCACCGGCGACGGCCGCGUCACGAUGAGGAAGGCCGCCGCCAAGCCCAAGACCGCUUCAUCCGGAAGCCCAUGGUACGGCCCAGACCGCGUCAAGUACCUGGGCCCAUUCUCGGGAGAAGCCCCAUCCUACCUCACCGGCGAGUUCCCCGGCGACUACGGCUGGGACACCGCCGGCCUCUCCGCCGACCCGGAGACUUUCGCCAAGAACAGGGAGCUCGAAGUGAUCCACUGCAGGUGGGCCAUGCUGGGCGCCCUGGGCUGCGUCUUCCCCGAGCUCCUGGCCCGCAACGGGGUGAAGUUCGGAGAGGCUGUGUGGUUCAAGGCCGGGGCCCAGAUCUUCAGCGAAGGUGGGCUGGACUACUUGGGCAACCCGAGCCUGGUCCACGCGCAGAGCAUUUUAGCCAUUUGGGCCUGCCAGGUGGUUCUCAUGGGCGCGGUUGAGGGCUACCGCGUUGCUGGUGGGCCGCUCGGUGAGGUUGUGGACCCGUUGUAUCCAGGAGGGAGCUUCGACCCGUUGGGCCUGGCCGACGACCCGGAGGCGUUCGCCGAGUUGAAGGUGAAGGAGAUUAAGAACGGGCGGCUGGCUAUGUUCUCGAUGUUUGGGUUCUUUGUUCAGGCCAUUGUCACCGGAAAGGGACCGCUGGAGAAUUUGGCCGACCACAUCGCCGAUCCAGUCAGCAACAAUGCGUGGGCUUUCGCCACCAACUUCGUCCCCGGAAAGUGA